CCGGGGCUACCAGCCAUGAGCCUGGAGCCCCCCAAGCUGGAGGUCAAAUCGGCCACCAGGGUGAGCGGGGGUCCCGCCACCCCCCGCAAGGGACCCCCCAAGUUCAAGCAGAGGCAGACGAGGCAGUUCAAGAGCAAGCCCCCCAAAAAGGGGGUGCAGGGGUUUGGUGACGACAUCCCCGGCAUGGAGGGGUUGGGAACAGACAUCACUGUCAUCUGUCCCUGGGAAGCCUUCAGCCACCUGGAGCUGCAUGAGCUGGCUCAGUAUGGAAUCAUUUAGGAUUUGGGCAGGCUCACCAGCCCUGUAGUGCUGUGUAGAUCAAGGCCCCCCUACCCCUGCUGGGGAAGGGGGGCUCAGCUUGGAAAAAUGCUAAUUAAACCC